ACCAAGUGGUUGCCAUGAUUAAGUAUUACGCAAAUUUGGGGGAAAGAAAAUCUAAUCGUAUUUCGUCAAGGCAUCAUCAUUUUUAAAAAAAUGUAUUUAUUAAUAUCUUGUAAUGAUGAUGUGAUGAAUUUAAUCGCAAUCAUAGUGAGUUAUGAUCGAUGAUAUGUUGAGACUAUUGGACUUUUUUUUUAGCUAUAUGGCAACCCCUUGGCCCACAUCGAGACGUCGUGCAUCCUGGCACUUGCCUCCAUCCUGGUAACUAGCAAGUUCCCGGACCAAAAACAGGAAGCGGCACAGGCGUGCGAUGAGCGUGGAGGUAGAGGAGCAGGAUGGCAGCGCGCCGAUGGAGACGGUCCAGUCGCUGACGCUGACCCAGGACAGCGAUGGCAGCAUCAUACUGCGCUGCGCCGCCAGCGUUGGCGAGAGUGAACCUCAUGCGAAGAAAGCACGGGAAUCAGCGGACUCAGAUGCGUCCUUUUCUCUCGUCAACAUGCCCGCGGCCGACAGCCGCAAGAGCUUUGAGGCUACCGUGACGACGAUGGCGACAGCGGCGGACGACACUGUCGCUCAGGAUGGCGUGGCUCACAUUCAGGUCCUGUGCGGCGACGACGGCGAUGACAGCGGCAGCGCUGCCGCUGCGUCUCCCGCCGAGAAGGCCGAUGUGUCGGCCGUCAGUCAGGCCUGGUUCACCACCAAAGAAGACAAAGACACGCUUGCCAACAAAGGUCACAAGUGGAAACAAGGGAUGUGGUCCAAAGAGGAAAUCGACAUUCUCAUGAGCAACAUCGAACUAUACGUCAAGGGUCGGGGCAUCGAGGAUCCGGCCGAGGUCAUCUUUGAGAUGUCCAAGGAGGAGCGCAAAGAUUUUUACCGCUCGGUGGCGCUGGGCCUCAACAGGCCGCUCUUCGCCGUCUACAGACGAGUCCUGCGCAUGUACGACAACCGCAAUCACGUCGGCAAGUACACGCCGGGAGAGAUUGAGAAGUUAAAAGGGCUGAGGCAUCGCCACGGCAACGACUGGGCCACCAUCGGCGCGGCGCUGGGCCGCAGCGCCUCAUCCGUCAAGGACCGCUGUCGGCUGAUGAAGGACACGUGCAACACGGGCAAGUGGAGCGAGGAGGAGGAGCGUCGCCUGGCCGAGGUGGUGUACGAGAUGGCGGCCAGCGCUCCGGGCUCAGUGGUGACGGGCGGCGUGUCCUGGGCCUCGGUGGCCAGCCGGGUGGGCACGCGCUCGGAGAAGCAGUGUCGCUCCAAGUGGCUCAACUACCUCAACUGGAAGCACAGCGGCGGCACCGAGUGGACCAAAGAUGACGACCUCGGCCUCACGCGCAGGAUUUUGGAGCUGGAGGUGGCAGAUGAGAACGAAAUCAAAUGGGAGGAGCUGGCGGGCGGCUGGAGCAGCGUGCGCUCGCCUCAGUGGCUGCGCUCCAAGUGGUGGAGCAUCAAGAGGCAAGUGGCCAAUCACAAGGAGAUCCCCUUCCCCGUCUUGCUGAAGGCCCUCCACGAGGUGAUGUCAUCCUCGCCGUCGGCGGGCGCGCCGUGCGGCCCCUCCUGCGCCCCCUCGCUCCAGAUCCGGCUGGGCCGUUUGGAGGAAAGCGGCGCCGUCUCAGCGGCGCCGGCGCUACAGAUUCCCGUGCAGAUCCCGCUGCAGAUCGCGCACCUGGACUCGUCCGUGGCCGGCGGCGAGGGGGAGACCAUCGCGCUGAACGGCGGGACCCUGCAGGCCUUUGAGAUUCUUCCGUCGUUUCAGCUGCAGCCCACCAGCACGCCGGGCACGUACUUCCUGCAGACCACGUCCGGUCAGGGGCUGCCCCUCGGCCUGGCCAAUAACAGCACGGUUACCUUGACGACAAGCUCGCCCCCCGCAUCCCACGAGCACAUCAUCCUGCACGGCCUGGCGACGGACGGCCUGUGCGCCGGCGACGGCGUCAUCAUCCAGACGGUGGCGGCGGACGCGGAGACGGAGGGACGGCGGCAGGACGAGCAUCUCAAUCCGUCAACGGCGACAAAGAGGAAGGAGCCGAUGGCCGACAGCUUUACUGACAAGCAGCUGACUCCGCCCCCAGCCGACGGGGGCCAUCCUGGGAUGGCCGCUGGCGGCGCCGUCCUGAUCGUGUCGCCGUCCAACAUCGGCAGCGCGCUGACAGAUCCCAUCUUGGAAAACCAGGACGGUUGCGAUUAGGACGAGGAGCACAGCCCCCCCCACCGCCGUCCUGCCUUUGGGCGUUUUGAACACUUUUUACAAGUUAAGUGCCAAUUUUUCAUGAAGACCACAUUUUUGGGCCUGUGGUGAGAUGAAGAAGAAACGUAGACUCGGUUCUGUUUGGGUCACGUGUAUUUAUUCCGUCUAAUAUUAAAUAAAAACAAAAAAAAUGGCUUUGACAAUCCUAAAGUCGUGGUGAGCGUUGACUCUUCAGGAGGCCCGUUUGAGCGCGUGGGAACAACGAAAGCAUUAAAAGUGUCAAAUGAAAAGAAAAAAAAAAUCCUUCCUGCUAUUUUGGUUGCAGAAUGUGAAGAAGAGGAACAGGAAGAAGUGUCGCUUAGUGCAUAGUUGGAAGCGCUGAGGUCGGCGUGUCUCGUUGCGCGGCAUCACAGGCCGCACGCGCGCUUUGAACGGGAGAGCCUGCCGUCACCGCGCUAAGCUACCCGGAAUGUGUGCAAAAAGGGCGACUCUUGGCAUUUUCUUCCCCUCGCCAGCCGAAUGACGUUUCUGCACACGAGUAGGACAAAUUUGGCAGAUUGGUAGGACGACGACAUAUGUCACAAGUAGUGAGGCAAAUCUGCAGACGUACUUGAAUGAUGUCACUUUGUCGUACGGGUCGCCAACGAGUGCGCUGCUUUUUGUCCUACUAGGGAGGCCAAAUGUUGCCAGUCAGACAGUGACCAGCGCACACGCGUAGAAUGACUGCGACUUCACAUUUUUCCCCACUCUGCGCAAGUACGACAACUUUGGCAAACUCGUCGUGAGGCAAAACUACUAGUUGACGUUUUGUAGCAACCGCAAAGGUCCAGGCGUCGACCACAUCAGAAAAGCAAGAGUGGCCUCGAUGACCUUGCACGAGUGCACGGGCCUUCAAUCAGAUAGCAAGCAGUCAAUCCUGAAGCGGCCCUCCAUGCCCCGCGGGAUGCCUCCUUCACGGACGGCACCCGUUGCCAUGGUUAUGGCAAACAAACAAACC